GGGGGCUUUCUCAUGAAUCUGUGCCUGGUGUCAAUGAGCAUUUGUAGUAUUAAGUCGUAGGAAUGUUGCCGUCGCCGCCAUCUUUGUACACCCUUGUGCAGCAAAAAUAGGAUGUUGCAGGGCAUGAUGGGAUUGGAGAGAGACAGAACCACGCUGGAUCUACCAUGGCACUCUUCAAGCUCAUUGAUAUCGGGAUAAAUCUGACAGAUCCCAUGUUUAGAGGCAUUUACAGAGGAACGAAGAAGCAUCAAGAUGACUUUGCCGACAUCAUUGAACGAGCCGUGAAGGUUGGAGUGCAGAAGUUUAUGAUUACUGGAGGAAACCUGCAGGAGAGUAAAGAAGCAAUCGAACUUGCCCAGACCAAUGAUCGAUUUUACAGUACGGUUGGCUGCCACCCCACCAGGUGCGGAGAGUUUGAGGGUGGAGAUCCUGAUGGGUAUUUAUCCAGCCUGCAGAAACUGAUAGAGGACAACAGGGAAAAAGUUGUAGCCGUCGGAGAGUGUGGUCUGGAUUUUGACAGGCUGGAAUUCUGUCCAAAGGAAACCCAACUAAAGUAUUUUGAGAAGCAGUUUCAUCUGGCCGAGCACUCCAAACUGCCCAUGUUCCUGCACUGUCGGAACUCACACAAAGAAUUUUUAGAUAUUAUGGGAAGAAAUCGGGAUCGAUGUGUUGGGGGAGUGGUCCAUUCAUUUGAUGGAACCAAAGAAGAUGCAGAAGCUAUCAUGGAUCUGAAUCUCUACAUUGGCAUUAAUGGCUGUUCAUUGAAAACGGCUGCAAACCUGGAGGUCCUGAAGACCAUCCCCAGCGAGAGACUGAUGAUCGAGACAGACGCCCCCUGGUGUGGAGUAAAGAAUACACACGCUGGGUCCAAGUACGUGAAAACCACUUUCCCAACUAAGAAGAAAUGGGAGGCCGGUCAUUGCUUGAAGGACAGGAAUGAGCCUUGCCACAUUGUACAAAUCCUGGAGAUUAUUGCGGCGGUCAGAGAAGAAGAUCCAGAGGAGCUCGCCAAAACCCUCUACAACAACACAAGCAAAGUCUUCUUCCCGGAUAAAUAGGAGAAUGGCCAAAUCAGCUCUGGUCCACCCAGUACUUAGACUCCCAAUUUAUUAAAAAGUAUCCUUAUUUUCAGGUCCCAUGUGGCCCUGUUCACAAUA